UUUUCUUUAUUAUCAGAUUCCUUAUGACGGGCAUGACACUUGAGUUAUCUGUUCUGGGUCGAUCUGUCAUUGACACAAAGGCUUUAAAUUUGAAGAGAUAUGGUCAAAAAUCGAAGCUUUCAGGAAGACUUCUUCCGAGAGCUGAGCUUCACUGCCCUGUGGCGUUGUCUUCUUCUAGAAACUCCAAUUUGAGUUUUAGAUUCCGACGAAGUUGUGAAGUUAGCUACAGAAGUCGCUUGAUGUUGUUUAGCUCGAGUCAAUGUCACGAGGGUACUCAACAGCAUUCAGAUUCCGCCGAGAAGGAGCUGGAGUCGAUUAAGGUUUUGCUGAAACGUGGAAUUGUUGUAGGAGCAGUAGUUUGUGGAGUUUUCUUGUAUGGAUGCCAAAAAGUUUUAGCAUCGGCUGGUGUUGUGGAAGCAGGCUAUGAGGUGUUUGGUCAAAGCGUUGUGUUGUUUAAGAACGCUUUGCCUAAAAUUUACCAAGUUCUUAAGGUUCUUAGAGAGCAAGGUCUAAUAUUGGCUGCCCUGCUCAGUCUCUCUGCAUUCUUCUCUAUGGCAGAAACGUCCAUUACCACUUUGUGGCCGUGGAAGGUGCGUGAGUUGGCUGAGAAAGAGCCAGAGAAUGGUGUAUUCAGAAUGCUCCGGAGUGAUGUUACCAGAUUCUUGACGACAAUACUUAUUGGAACAACUGUUGUGAAUAUUGCGGCAACUGCCCUGGUCACUGAAGCAGCAACAGCUAUAUUUGGGGAAGCUGGUGUUAGUGCAGCAACUGGAUUGAUGACAGUGGCUAUUUUACUCUUGACUGAGAUUACUCCAAAAAGUGUUGCUGUCCACAAUGCUCAAGAAGUUGCAAGGCUUGUGGUCAGGCCAGUGGCGUGGCUUUCCUUAAUACUAUAUCCUGUGGGAAGAAUUGUCACAUAUUUGUCAAUGGGAAUACUGAAAAUUCUUGGUUUGAAAGGACGGAGCGAACCAUAUGUUACUGAAGAUGAGUUGAAACUGAUGCUACGAGGUGCAGAAUUAAGUGGCGCCAUUGAAGAAGAGGAGCAGGAUAUGAUUGAAAAUGUGCUGGAGAUAAAGGAUACCCAUGUCCGAGAGGUGAUGACUCCUCUUGUUGAUGUAGUUGCAAUUGACGCCAGUGGCAGUCUAGUUGACUUCCAUAGUAUGUGGGUGACCCAUCAGUACUCAAGGGUGCCUGUUUUUGAGCAGCGUAUAGAUAACAUUGUGGGAAUAGCAUAUGCUAUGGAUCUCCUAGAUUAUGUCCAAAAGGGUGAUCUACUAGAAAGUACUUCUGUAGGGGACAUGGCGCAUAAACCUGCAUACUUCGUCCCUGAUUCAAUGUCUGUUUGGAAUCUUCUUAGAGAAUUUCGCAUAAGAAAGGUUCACAUGGCAGUUGUCCUUAACGAAUAUGGUGGAACCAUUGGAAUAGUAACUCUUGAAGAUGUGGUUGAAGAGAUUGUUGGUGAAAUAUUUGAUGAAAAUGAUUCGAAAGAGGAGAUUCAGAAGAAAACAGGGUAUAUUGUCAUGAGAGAUGAGGGGAUAUAUGAUGUUGAUGCUAAUACAUCAAUAGACCAGCUAUCUGAAGAACUAAAUAUGAAAAUGCCUGAGGGCAUUCAGUACGAGACAGUCUCAGGCUUUGUGUGUGAGGCCUUUGGGUAUAUCCCGAAAACUGGAGAAAGUGUAAAGGUUGUUCUUGAAAAGGAAAGCUGGGAAGAGGAUGGCGAAGAAGAGGAAGGUAAACAGGAGAGGCAAGAGCCAAAGGAAAAGCACCAAAUCUAUAGAGUAGAGAUACUAGCAGGAAAUGCAAGAAAAGUUAGUGCUGUCCGCUUUGAAAGAGUGAACGAUAUGGAUCAAGUGUCGGAGGCUACAGAUGUAAAAAGCAUGGUUCCUAAAUUUGUAAGGAAAUGGAGUAGCGAAGAAGAUGAUGGGAACUUGUCCAAUGAAGAAGACCAACCCGAGAAUGCUGUCUUAGAUGAACAUGUAUUGGCUGAUAAUGGCAAGAAACAACAAUGACACUGUGACACGGUUCCAUUUUUUUUUAAUUAAGCUGCAUUUUUCAAUUCUUUUUUGAAAAGGAAAGAAGUAAGCUCACAAAUACAGGAAGCUUUCUUCUUAGCUUAAUGUAAUACUCAGGAUGAAUUAAUUAAGAAAUUCGUGUUA